GUCGAGUUUGAUCCUGGCAGUAAACCUAGGAGUUUUAUGACCCGAGGCUUCUCUCAAUAAUACCGCAUUGCAACGAACACAUACAUCCAAAACAAUGUCUUUCCUAGUCGAUUCUUGUCUAAUGCUUUUUUCUCAGGUUCUGUUCUUUGGAGGUGGAUGGGUCUUCUUCUUGAAGCAGCUGUUUCGUGACUAUGAGGUCCACCACUCUGUUGUGUUGCUUGUAUUCUCAGUGACCUUCUCCUUGUCCUGCACCAUGUUUGAACUUAUAAUCUUUGAGAUCCUGGGGAUCAUGGAUUCAAGCUCUCGUUUCUUCCAUUGGAAGCUUGGGCUUUAUGCCAUCCUAUUUGUACUGAUUGCUGUCUUACCAUUUUAUCUAGCCUACUUUGCCAUUGGUACCAUCAGACUAGUACCACAGAAGCAGCAUGUGAAGGUAAUGAUUGCGUUUGGAGCCUGGUGUGCCAUUCUGUACCUCUUUUGGCGAAUAGGUGAUCCCUUCCCUAUUCUGAGUCCCAAGCAUGGAAUAUUUUCCAUUGAACAGUGCAUUGGGCGAGUGGGUGUAAUUGGUGUCACUCUUAUGGCCAUUCUUUCUGGAUUUGGUGCUGUCAACUGUCCUUAUACUUACAUGUCAUACUUUGUCAGACAUGUCACAGAAACAGACAUUCAAGGAAUAGAAAAGCGCUUGCUACAGACCCUGGAGAUGAUAAUUGUGAAAAAGAAAAGGGUGGCUCUUGCAAAGAGAGAGAGUUUACGACAAGCCCGGUCAGUGACCUCGGGUGGAAUCUGGAGCAUGCUUAAAAAUGUUGCCACUGGCAGCAGCACAGAGAAUGUAAGUCAUCUGAAACAAGAGAUAGGAGCUCUUGAGGAACUCAGUCGACAGCUUUUUCUGGAAACAGUAGAUUUGCAAGAAGCCAUGGACCGAAUAGAUUACUCAAAGACAUUCAAAGGAAAAUACUUCAACUUUCUGGGCUACUUUUUCUCCACCUAUUGUGUUUGGAAAAUUUUCAUGGCAACAAUCAACAUAAUCUUUGAUCGUGUGGGUAAAGUGGAUCCAGUUACCAGAGGAAUAGAAAUUGCUGUAAAAUACUUUGGGAUUCAGUUUGAUGUCAAGUUUUGGUCACAGCAAAUAUCCUUCUUGCUAGUUGGUAUCAUCAUUGUGUCCUCCAUUCGAGGAUUUCUAAUCACACUCACAAGGUUUUUCUAUGCUAUUGCCAGCAGCAAGUUUGCUAAUGUGAUUGUCCUCUGCCUUGCACAAAUCAUGGGAAUGUACUUCGUCUCAUCUGUCCUGCUAAUGAGGAUGAACAUGCCACCAGAGUAUAGAAUGAUCAUCACAGAGGUGCUGGGAGAUCUGCAGUUUAACUUUUAUCACCGUUGGUUUGACGUCAUCUUUUUGGUCAGCGCCUUGUCAAGCAUAGGCUUCUUGUACAUAGCACACAAGCAAGCACCAGAAAAAAAUAUGACAUAGGAUAAAAAAACAAAGGGCUUGAAGUUGCUCAUUCUCAUUCUGUCUCUUCUUCAUUUUAUCCUCUUUUGGUCAUGUGUACUUUACAAUGACAGCUUUUACUUUCAAGGACUUGAGGCUAAAAAGUUUUGUAUUUUUCAAAAAUUCUAGUUGGCAUCAUUUAAAAUAAUAAAAAAAACCUUGCAUGAUGAGUGAAUUAGUAUGAUGCAAAGCAAGAUCGUUGGCAGGGAUCCUUUUCACUCCAUCACAUGCUUCUCAAGACGUUUCCUUUGGUAGGAUAUUUUAAAAUUUUAGCUUUGUGACUGUUUUAUAAUAAUUUAACUUCAAUGUAUUUGUAUUUCGCAAGGAUAUUCACUGUCAUGUCCUUGUAAAACAUUUAUCACUCCUUUGUCAUGUCAUCUGAUGUAAAGAGACAUUGAAGUGAUAGAGCUGAUUAUUAACUAAUUAUCAUUAAAAGUGGGGAUGCCCUUAAAGGGACUUGCAUCUUGCAAUAACUGAUUUUAACAGAUUGCGACAUAUUUUAUUUAACAUUUUCUAGACUUCGAAUGCUUGGUAUAUGUGUGCAUGUGGUUUUGAGUGUGUGUGUGCAUGUACACUUUUUUGUUGUUGGAAGCAUUGUUUAAGUUGGGUAGUUAGGUAUAGAUUGAAAUUUGUGUAAAAAUGUUACCUGAACAUUUGGUAAUUGAUCACUGUCUUUCAUUAGAUUAUGUGUAUUUUUUUGUGGGACUGAAUAGUGGAUAUGCCAUGUCAACCAUCAGAACAAAGAAAUAAAAAUGAUAGUGUUUUAAAAAUUAGUUUAUCAAUGACUCACAAACCUAUCAUAAAUCAAAAGGAUUCUUGAUCAGACCCUUUCUAUUGUGAGGUGCACACGCAGUGACUGUUUUGGCUUGGGAAACUGAAAGUGACAGCUGAUGAAAUGCAACUCAGAAGACAAAUUUAGUGUCAGUCUUAUUAGCCUAUUUACUUUAAUGUUUAAUUAUUGGGGAAGUUUGACAGUGUGCUUGGCUUCAGAGCAGGAUGCUUCUAGGUCAAGGUAGAUCAGGCCUGUGACUGAGUCCUGGUCACCCAGUGUCAGUGGUUGCCUGAUUCCUCCGAGGAGGCAAGGUAGAGACUAUCAACAAUGACUGACUGUCACUUCCCUUACUGCCAGAAAACUGUAUGAUGCGCAUCUUGUCAAUUAUUUUUCUCUGUGCCAGAUACAGGUAUGAACUGCUGAUAAUCUUCUGUAGUAGGAAUAAUUGUGCCAUGUGUGAAAGCAUGUGUUUGAAAUAAAUAAUGUGGGAUGACAAAA